AGGGCCUGUAGUUGACAGGAUUCAUUUAUGUGGAUGAUCUACAAAUCCAGAGUCAACUCACGAUGUCUCAGACACAAGAAUCCUGUAUUGUGUAAAUGAUGCAACUGUAGGCAGAAUAAUUAAUGAAAUGAAUUAGGAACAUGGUGAAGACAUGGAGAUUCUGAUUAAGUUAAAAUUAUCUUAGAAAGGAAAACAGAAAUUUGUUGAAUCUUUCUUCUUCAUGCUGCGACACACGAAAACUAAGGCAUCUGGUGUGACAUGGCUGAGAAAAAGAAGAGAAGACCCGGUCCAGCAGUGGUUGGUAGACAUCAGAUGGGCCUCAGAGAUGGAGUGUAUGAAUAUACUGCAGGGAAAGUCCAUUGUCCAGAGUGUGGAAAAAUCAGCAUUCCACACCUCACACAUAAAAGGUGCUAUUGAUGUGGUGAAAAAUGAGUCGAAUGACAUCAGUGGAGAAUUUUCUGUCCUUUUCAAACUGGUGGAAGCUGAAAACUGGUCUGCCGUCCAGACGUUUACCAUACAGCUGACAUGUCAUGUCAGAGGACUCAUUAAUGACUGUAACCAGAAUAUGCCCAACCCUCCCUUACAUAUCCUAGAGCAACAAGAAGUUGUGAUGGGUGAAUGUGCCAAACUUGCCCAACAAGUAGAAAGUGCCUUUAUUGACUCGGAAAACCAGUGUCCCUCUAAGAUCCCCGUCAUCAAUCAGCUGACUUUUCUCGGUCAGUCAUUCAGCCGCCUUGUUGACCUCUGUCUGGGUUACCUGGUGCAGAAAAUUGUAGACAUCUUGGAUGAAGCUAAUGACCCCAUGGUGCUGUCUCAAGCCAUAGGUUCUGUUGUUAACCUGGGGUUAGAAGGAGAGCACAUGUGUUAUAUACUAGCCAGGGAAGGGGGAGUGAGGGCUUUGUUAGACAUCUGUAGGACAGAGAAUCUGAGAUUCUGUCAUGCCCAGUCUCUUAGGGCUCUAGCCACCAUCAGUUGUGUCACUGAAAGCUUAUUUGAAAUAGAGAAGGAGGGAGGAAUGUGGUGUUUACUCGACCUUUUGUCUGAUCCAGAGGUCAGAGAAUCAGUGAGAGGUGAAGUAGCAGGGGUCAUAGCUCAAGUUACCUCCCCCUGUCUAGAGAAUGCCCACCAGAUGUCAGGCAUGAUGGAUAAUAUGGAGGAUCUUCUUAUAAAUCUUCUUGGUUUGUGUAGUUCUACAAAAACAGAGGAAAUCUUUCUGUUGUCCUCUGCUGCCAUUGCCAACAUGACUUUUAUGGACAGCAGCACUUGUGAAAUCCUGCAGAAAAUUCAAGCUCCCAGAAUUCUCUGCUCUUCCUGUCAGUCAAACAUUGCCAAAUCUCUCUUCUCUAAAGACCAGGUAGCUACCAUACUGGCAAAUAUGGUUGCUGUGGAUGUCUGUCGCCAGGAUGUGGUCACUAGUGGUGGGAUAGACAUUUGUCUGGAGUUACUGCAUGAGAGUCCACUGGAUUAUAAAACACCAGCAGAAAUUGCAGCUUGUGAGAGGGUCCAGCAGAAGGCAGCCAUUGCUUUAACUAGGAUGUGUAGAGAUGAGAAUAAUGCUGCUACCAUAAUCAAAGCAGAAGGAGUUCCUCGACUGAUCCAGCUGUGUAGAGAUAAACAGGAGAGGAGUAGUAGUGAUGCUGUACUUGUGGCCUGCUUGGCUGCUCUUCGAAAGAUAAAUUCCCUGAACAAACUUGAGGACCUGAGUGCUAUAGACAACCAGCAAUUGAUUCAACCCAAACUGAUGGACUCAUUCCUCAUUUGCACCAACACUGAUGAAAAUUUUGUAUGAACCUGUAUUAUAAUGCUCACCUUUGCACAAUUACUAAUCACACUUUUUAAAAUGACUGUAAUAAAAAGAAAACAGAUGUUUUUUUUUCUCCCCAUUUCAAGAAGUAAUUAAUAUUCAAUCCAACCAAGUGAAACUGUACUUUAUAUAACUGAAAAUGUUUUUUUCCUAUUAAUGUAUUGAAGUUGAUGUGUUCCUUCAGAUUAUUUUUCAGUCACUAUGUGUUCAUAGAAGAAAAUGAAUAUUUUCUGAAAAAUUCUGGAUUAAAGUCCUGUCACCUAUGUUGUCACUGAUGUAGAUACUGCUGAUAGAAUUAGCAAAGUAGUAUUGUUUAAUACAUGUACAUGUGUAAGUAUGUGUAAGUACAUUGUAUUUAACAGUAAUUGAUACUGUAUGACACAUGCCAUAUUCUUAUAAAAAAAAAUUGCUUAUUUUACAUCAAUACUUGAGAAAAUUUAACUUAAUUUUAACCAAUUCAUUUU